UCAUCUCUGAAGAAUAUAAAACUUCGCGAUGCUCAAUUAUGGAUUUUUUCCGCAGAGGUGAUAAUUUUGAAAAAUUGCAUUGAAAACGCAUCAACGGCAUGCAACAAUCAGGCAACGGUGCAAAGUGUGAAGUGUGAUAAUUAUUGAGGUUAGAAUUUGAAAGUGAGAGAAAAACAGCAAGUUUCUCUUUGGUUCCUGCAGCUGCAAUCAUUUACUUAAUGCAAGUACAAACGCACUCUACAUUUAUAAAUUUUUCGAACUAAUUGAAAGUCUACUCUCUCAUGGUCACGUUCAACAGAACCUUGACAUCUCACUAGCGGACUUUAUCAAACUCAAAUCAACCCACAUGUUUGUCCAUUAUCGCGAUCAUGUCAUCUGCUUAUGCAAGUCUGUCUUUUUGGAGUUGCUCUUAACUGUCCUCAUUGAACAGAAUUGACACUCGCAGGAGGCGACACAAGGAUGGCGAAAAUACUCACUGCGGAGCAGCUAAUUGAAGAACGGCUAAAAACUACUAAAAAACAGUUACCUUCUUUUGGCCCGAAAGAUUUUUGUGUAACUGGUUCAGAGGAGGAAAAAGAAAAGAUUCAUAAUGUUUUAUCAACAACUAAGGCUCUGUUAGCUUGUGAACGAGUGGAGAAAAGCAACUUCCUAUCAAAUGCGGAGUGGGACAAUGACCUGAAGUUAGCUAAAGUAACAAAAAAGGUUGGAAAAUUUUUUGAAACUUUCGGACAUUCCAUCAAUGGAUGUGACUAUCUUUAUCCAGAAGAGUGCUUAUUCUUACUUGAAAAUAGUAACCUAGAGCUGUUUUUCUGUGGUCUUGCCGUGAGUAUCCAAAGAGGAUAUUCUCUCCUCCUGGGCUUCAAUUCUGGUUGCACUUUGAAUGAAUACAGAGUGUAUGCUCAUCUUUCCAAAAGUGGUUACAGAGUUUUUAGACAUGAUGGAAAGGAAACUAUACAAAAUAAAGAAUCGAGCAGCAGUUUUGUGCCGAGUGAAGUUACAACAUCAGGCAAAGAAGCAAUUCCUCGGUCAGACAUCACUGCUGAAACUUUGGCUAAAUCUCCAACGCAUACUGAAUUACUCAAGAUCUCAUCUUCAUCUAUCGCGCAUCAUUCUCCUGAUAAAAUUGCUACCAUCGAUCAAGCAUCUUCAGUGACCAAAGUAACAAAUCAGGUAGAAAAAAAAGAAAUCAUCUGUAAACCAAAAUUUCAACCCCAAAUACGUUCGCAGUAUCAUUUCUAUGAAUUUUUUAGAAGGAGAGAUGACGACCCAGAACUUGCCAAGAUAAGACAAGUUGAUAUUGAUGCUUUUAUGAUGGCAUUUCGAUUUCUCCUAAAAAAUAACAAAACAGUCCAAUCAGAGGUAUACAAGAAAAGUUUCAGAAUUAAAUUAAAACUCGCUUAUUGCUUGAGGUUUUAUCCACCAGUAUAUGAAAGUCUUCAACCUUUCUCUACUUAUCACAAAGCAAUGAGGUGGCAAUUCAUUCAGCCUGAAGAUCUAGAGAGAAAGCAUGUCACUGCUUUCAGCUAUAAACCGCCAGGUCUUAUUCGGGAUUCAAAAUUUGCUGCAAUUGUAGAACUUUUCCCAACUUUUGAUAAAGGUGAAAUUUAUGCACCCAUGCCACCAAAUCAGAUCAUUCCUACCAAAAUUCGGAGCAAAUUCCUUUCAGCCACCAUCAAUCUAGAAACUAAUAAAAUCACCCAUAGAACAUGUCCUGCUGAAAAGGAGUUUACUUCAGUUCUCCAAAAUUUUGUUAGACCAAAUGAACGUCAUAAAAAUCCAACGGAACUCCCGAAUUCCAGUGGAGGACCUCAACCUACGCGAUAUUUUUCCCAACCAGUUCAACCCAAAUUAACAGGCAGACAAAGAAGAGGGGGGCUCUCCAAAAAGCAAAUGAAACGCCUCAGGAGAGUCGAAAAUUUCAAAAAAAGGCAAGAAAAACUAAUUAAGGAAGAAAAUUUGUCAAACCAGAAGCAAAAAAAAUUUCCUAACUCAGUAACUGGCAAUCAGUCUGCAUCUGGCGCUCGCGGUGAGAGACGCAGAGAUGGUUCAAGGUGGGACUCUAGGCCAGAUAACUCAAAUACACAGACUCAUCAUCAGAUUCAAGUCAAACCUGAGUUUCAAUCAAUCUCAAGUAGCAAUCAAACGGACGAGUCGCUGACUCAUCAGCCGUUCAUGAAUCAACCACAAAUGAACCAGUCCCUGAUGGGAGGGCCAGUCAAACCUGAAUUUCCAAGUGCUGGCCAAAUUCAUGAGCCACGGAUGAAUCAACCAUUCAUGAAUCAGCCUUUUCCAAAUCAACCUGUAUUGAGCCAACCGUUCAUGAAUCAACCAAUUCCGAAUUUACCACCAAUAAGCCAGACUCCUGUUGGAGGACAAACCCCUUUAAACAACCCAGUAAACCCAUUAGAUCCUGGCGUACUGGGUCAGGUAAUUGCAAAUGUUGUGAGUCAAUUACUACCCAACCAAAUGAACCCAAGUCUCCCAAAUCAAAUAAACCCUAAUUUUGUGAGUGCUGCUCCCCAAAAUUUUCAACAUUCUUUGAUUCCUGGUCCCCCAAAUCCAAUUUUUCCAAAUUUUCCGAAUCCUAUGAAUUCUGAUCCUCAUAAUCAAAUAAACCCACCCUUUCCAAAUCCUAACAAUCCCAACUUUUUUAACCAACCGCAACCUAACUUUCGUUUCCAAAACUAUAAUCCUCGUUUUCCUAGUCAAAGGUUUCCUCGUCCGUACAAUAAUCAUGGAAAUAAUAAUGGUGAAAUGAGUGAAGUUACCAGGCAAGCCAGAAAAAUGCAAGGAAUGGCCAGGAGAAUGAUGGCAAUGGCACAAGCAAUGUUCAAGAACCCGGAAGAAUUUGCUGAAAACCCAGAAAAAAUCAAUAUGUAUAAUUACUCGAACCGAUUCCGUCACCCAAACAAUCAAGGUAAUUGGAGAUUUCCCAACCAGAUGCAAAAUCAAAAUAAUAAUCAAAAUCUCUUUAGACCCAGGUUUGGUAACAAUUACAACAACUUCAAUCCCAACUUUAAUCCUAAUUUUGGUUCAAAUUCCUUCAAUCCAAAUAUGCCUGAAAAUUCUCAACCACACUUCUCACACAAUCCUGACAACUCUGCAAGACCGAGAGAUGAGGAAGACAAUGGUUAUGGUUCUGCACCCGUCAAUGAAAUCCCUGAAACAAAAUUCAAUCCUGGUGUUCCUAGGUCAUCUUCUAAUUCAUCACCUCCGGGCGAAGAAAACGACAUAUUUUUUGUCGACGUUGCAGGUGAAAAUCCAUCCAAUCUGUUGAACCGAGCAAGAACCAUCCCCGCCUGCAAACCAACCGUUACUUUCAAAAAAGAGAAACCUGAUGAAAGUUCCUCUUCCUCUUCCUCCGAAUCAGAGAGUGAUGAAGAUGAUAUUGAGGUUAUUGAACAACCCACCCCUAAACCUGUCGUAGAAACUAUUGAUGUUUUAUCUUCAGAUGAAGAUACUUUCAUUAGCAUUGCCUCCAAAGUUCGCCAAUCGAAGUCUGAAGCUGAUAGAAUUUGCUCGAAGUUUGGGAGAGCUUGGAAAAAGAAAAACUCUGAUGAAAGGUACAAUGAUGUGACGAAAAGAAGGAGAAUAGAUGAUGAUACUGAACUCAUAACUCUAGAUGACGAUGUUGUAAUCCUUGAUAGUGAUUCGAGUCAACCAGCACAUAGUUCAGAAAAAACACCCCAAAACGCUGGUGCUCAAAACAUGUCUAACCCAUUAAAUAUGAACAAUCCAGCAGAUGGUGUAGCAAAUGAGGGAGUCAUUACUGUCAAACAAGAAAGUAUUGAUGUCACAAGGGUUAAGACUGAAAAUGAAAGUGAAGCUACCAUUACUAUCACACCACUAGAUGUGCCUAGAAUAAAAGAGGAAAAGGAUGCAGCUAGUGAUGCAACUCAGGAAACAGCGAUGGACUCUAUUGAAGUCCCCAUCAAGUCAGAAAUUCUUGAAGUUAAUGAAGCCGAAAUAGAAAGGGUGAAUCAAAAUAUUGGUUCAAAUCUCAUUGAAAACACUGCCAAGGUCCGUAAUGUAGAUUCUUCAUUUCCUGCUACGGAUGAAUCAGGAUCAGAAGAUGAAAGUACGGAUAGAAGUAGUGCCUCUGGAGAACACGAUACAUCAAGAGAUAGUGAAAUUAUGGAUACCAGCUCAAACCGAACUCCUUCCAGAACAUCAAUAUCACCAAUUUCAAAAGACCAGCCUACUGCAGGUAAUUCACAAUCAGUGGCAGAUUCCCAAAAAGUAGGUUGGGCAGCUCUAAAAGCAAAAGAGACCAACGAAACAUCAAGCACUUCUACGAUUGACUCAAGUAAAGUCGUGAGCACCUCUUUACAAGGAUGGGCAGCUUUGAAAAGAGACGAAACCAACAAAGCGUCCAACGAGGAGCCCAAUGAUUUGUCAUCUGUUGAGAAUUCUCAGAAAGGAGAGGACACCAACGAAACCUCAAGAAUCACUACUGAAGCCGUUGAAAGCACUCAGCCGGGGAAAAUUACAGACAUUGGUACAAAUCAAGAAACCACUUCUUCCGAAAGUAAUGAAAUGGAAAUCAAUUCAAGUCAAACUAACCAGGAAUCUGAAAUAUCAAACACUCCAUCUAGUCCACAAGAGAAAGGAAAAAUGGAAUCGCUUUUGCAGCCCUACCAUUGUAAAAAUUUAGGCACAGCAUUAAGCGCUCUCCAGAUUUUCAAGUCUAAAGUUAGGGAGGCAGGAGAUUUCCUACAUCUGAAAGUUAGCUUUGAUGUUUACCAACCAAAAAAGGUCUUUGCAAAAGUGUCAAGGUCAGACCCCGAUUUUAGAAUCAUCGUGACAAGUUACCUGGAUCCAGUGCCUUCGCCUGCACAGAUCAAUGAACUCUCAAGCCGCUACAGUGAUAAUGUCAAGAUCCUUUUUGCUGUCGUCCAUCCAAAUACUAUCUCCUUCUUCUUUAUUGGUAAUGUACAUGUUCCAGUUCAAAUUGAUGAAGUCCUUUUCUAAUCCAAAAUAUCCGAACACUUUCGCACAGAAGUCUUUUCAUUUUUUUUCUGUAUUCAUUAGAAAAUAAGCUUGCCAUGACUUUUUUACUUUUUCUCUUUUCCUUUCUAUAUUCCACUCAAUGAAGUCUUACUCUGAUAUUUCAUGAUUGUUUGAAGAUGAAUGAUUUUAGGAGUGCACAUAUUUCUCACAUUGAAUUAGUGAGAGAUUAGUCCCUCAGAAAUUCAAUGUGAGAAAUAGUGUCCUUUCCUAUGCAAGAACAGAACGAACUGAUGUGAACAAUUAUGGUUAAGACAAAGACCUAAGAAUUGCUGGUGGGUAAUGAGCGGAUUAAGUUGAAGGGAAAUUUUCAGAUUUUAUUUCAAAAACAGGUAUUUAAUGAAGAAUUUAAAAAACUCUUUCUAAAAAUUUGUUUCAAAGUGGAGUUAGUUUUACGCAACCUAUUUCAUCCGAGUUUCUUGAGGUACAAACCCCUCAUGGAAUCUUUGGUAUCUGUGGUCUCAAAAUUUUGACUCUUGAAAAUUAAGGUUUGAGUUUUAUACAGUCAUCCCACCUUAGUGUUCAUCUAGUUUUGUCAUCCUAUUCUUACAAUUUGCAAAAAUCCAAUCAGACAGUAAUACCGUACCCUGUGGAAUCAUGUGAUACCUAGUCUAUAAUUAUGUACUUUAAUUUUUUUUAACCAUCCGUCAAAACAAUGUGAGAUGACUAGAUCUGCAGCUAAUCUGUAGCUUGUUCUGAGGAUCAAGAGUUUGUAUGAGUCCCAUGGUGUCAUUGAUGUACACUGUUUGAUCUUUGAAAUUUAUUAACGCUCUAUUUUUAUUGAAGGAACCAAAGUGACGGAAGAAUUGAAAGAGAGGGCGCAUUUGUACUCUCCUCAACUUUUCUCGAAAUCAUUCGAAUUUAAUGUGCAUCGUGUGUUAUUCAAGAGACAAAACAUGCGCCUCUAGUAUAUUAGUUCCGUCUAAUUCUUUUUUACUUAUUUGAUCAGGCAAAGCAGGACUAUGACGCCGAUUUUUCGGGUUGUAACAAACAAUACAGGAAGCAUUUAUUUUUCUAAUUUAUGUAUAAAUUUUGUGUAAAAAUGUAAACACUUGUUACUUUUUCCAAUGGUUUUCCUCUCCGAGAGAGAUAUUAUUAUAAAAUUAUUUCUGCAUAAAAGUAUUUUUUCGUUAAAA